AACUCUUUCCUUCUCUCUCUUUCUCUCUCUAAAACUUCCUCUCUCUCUCUCUCUCUCUAGAGGAAAGCUCCUCCGAAUCUCACCCCUUCCUCGCCGGCAUAUUCCAUGAUUGCUGACUCCGAGCUUCAGAACUCCGGCGACCGUUUCAGUGAGCUUCAAAACUCCGGCGGCAUGUCAACGAGCUAGUCGAAGAGUUGCAGAGUUAGAGAGAGGAAGGUGGAAGUUGGUAAGGAUUUCGUUUUGAAGAAUUUGCUGCAGUGUUUGGUCUUUGGAGACCUGCCAUUUAUGAAGCGGAAGCUUUUUGAAUUCCUUUGAGAAGACCGUGCAGUGCCAUUCCGAUAUAUCUGGCAAUUGAGGAAGUUUGAAUUUUCAGCCUGUUUUUUGGUGUCCAAAUUGCAUGAUGCCCUUUGAAAUAGUAGAUCGAAGGGGUGCAACUGCAUCGGCCCACUUCUUCAAGGAUAUUUGCUUUCCUCCCGAGAGAGAAGUUGGAUUUUGGAAGCCAAAAGCUAUCCAUGAUAAUUAUGUGGGAACAGAUAGAAUGGUUCAAACACCUGGCAGCAGGCCAGAUGCUUCAUCAUCUUUGGAAAAAAAUUUCACAUUUGGUGCACGAUCAUUGGAUUGCUUGGAACUGCCUCCGUCUUAUGUAGCGGGAUACCAAAAGAAAAAGAUUCACAUGGGUGGAGAAGAGGAAACUGCUAAUUUAUCCACAGCUUCCGGAAGAUACAUGAACCACGAUCAAAUGAUAUGGCCAAAUUUGUAUGAGCCGGCCUCGUCUUAUAUAGUGGACAGAAAUAGGACUAGAAUUAAUGGGACUCUGUGUGAGAACAAUCUCUUCUCAAGCUCAUUGUCUGAAGUGUUCAAUAGAAAGUUGGAGUUGUCAACGGGUGAGGCUCUAUUUUGUAAACCCGUUUCCUGUAACAAGGGAGUGGAACCCACAGAAAAAAUUGAGGCAGAAACCAUCAGGAAUCUCCUUCCUGACGAAGACGAUCUCUUUUCUGGAGUGACUGAAGAGUUGGAAUAUGCUACUCGUGCCAAUGGUGCCGAUGUUGUUGAUGAUCUUGAUAUAUUUAGCAAUGGCGGAGGCAUGGAACUAGAAGGAGAUAAUUGCUCACACCCGGGCCAACAAAAAAAUUCUAAUUUUGCUGGGGGGAAUUCCAUCAGUCAAGGGAGUUCUAAUGGCGGGUUAUUUGCCAGUGAACAUCCUUAUGGCGAACAUCCUUCUAGAACACUUUUUAUAAGAAAUAUCAGUAGCAGUGUUGAAGAUUUCGAAUUGAGGGCUCUUUUCGAGCAAUAUGGGGAUAUUAGAACUCUCUAUACCGCAUGCAAGCAUCGUGGGUUUGUCAUGAUUUCUUACUAUGAUAUAAGGGCAGCGAGGAAUGCGAUGAGAGCACUUCAAAAUAAACCAUUGAGGCGUAGGAAACUUGACAUUCACUUUUCAAUUCCGAAGGAUAAUCCUCCAGAAAAAGAUAUUAACCAGGGCGCCCUGGUGGUAUUCAACCUUGAUACUUCUGUUUCAAACGGUGACCUUCGCCACAUUUUUGGCAUUUAUGGAGAGAUUAAGGAAAUCCGCGAAACUCCGCAUGAGCAUCAUCAUAAAUUCAUAGAGUUUUAUGAUGUUAGAGCUGCAGAAGCUGCACUUCGUGCAUUGAACGGGCGUGAUAUUGCUGGGAAACGGAUCAAGCUUGAACCAAGCCGUCCAGGGGGUGCAAGACAAUGUUUGACGGAACAUUGCUCCGAGUUGCUUUAUGAACCCAGUCCAUUUCGAAAUCCCAAUGACAGUUCAUCAUUAGAGUUGAUGUCAAUGGUAUCUCCUGGAGGAACAACUAGGUUCAUGGAUAACAAAUCUAUCCAGGGCUUACAUUCCGCAAUCCGAGUGCCCAGUAGUGCACUCACUGAAGAUGCAAAUCAUCAUGAGAGUUCUAGUGUUCUGAGCUCCUUGCCUUCUCCAGUGAGAGUGGUAUCUGCUGGAAAUCACUUUGGCCUUUGUGAGUGCAGCCACUCUACAGAUAAAGUGAAAUUUGGUAACGAAUGCAUUCCAAGUUCCCAUCCCCAUUCCUUCCCUGUGUAUCAUGAUAGUUUCAACAAUGCCUUUCAAUACAACUCUUCAAGCAAUUUUCUAGACAUGGCUGGCAAUAUUGGUGUCAGCGUAGGGGACAGAAUGACCGACAAACAUACUUGUAAAGUUGGUUCGAAUGGGCAGCUAAAGGAACUUAAUGGACGGGUUUUUGGCUCUUCUAAGAGUGGAACCUGUCCUCUUCUUGGACAUUGUAAUGUGUGGAACAACUUCAACUCAUUUCAGCAUCAUCCUUUAAGUUCUAUGAGUUGGUCGAAUUCUCCGUUGUUUGUCAAUGGUCUUCAUGCUUCUCGCCCUGCACAGCUGCCUGGAUUUUCUGGAGAACCAUCUCAUAUAUUGAACACAAAUUUGCCUGCACACCAUGUUGGAUCAGCACCAGCUAAGUAUCCUGACCUUUGGGAUGGAUGGCAUACCUAUACAGGAGGAUCUCCUGAAGCUUCAGAAUUUCAGUUGGGGUCGCUUGGGAAUGUGAGUUUCCCUGGUAGUUUACCAUUGCAGCCACUGGAAAGAUCUCACAACAUUUUUUCUCAUAUUGGUGAAAACUGCACAGACAUGUUGAAAAAUGAUGUGAUGCGCUGUCCUAAUCAGAUGUCCCACAUUUUUUCUGGGAGAAAUGCUGUUACUUCAAUGGCAACCUCUUUUGGUUCUCCCAGUGAACGUGUGAGAAACCCCUCAUACCGUGGAAAUGGAGGCAGUUCCAUUCAUGCUGAUAAGAAACAGUUUGAACUCGAGAUUGACCGUAUAUUGCAUGGGGAAGACAGCCGAACAACUUUGAUGAUAAAGAACAUUCCCAACAAGUAUACUUCAAAGAUGAUUCUAGCUGCAAUUGACGAGCAAUGUCGUGGAACUUAUGAUUUUAUUUAUUUGCCAAUCGAUUUCAAGAACAAAUGCAAUGUGGGUUAUGCAUUCAUCAACUUGAUUGAUCCACUUCAUAUCAUUCCGUUUCAUAAGGCGUUCAAUGGCAAAAAGUGGGAGAAGUUCAACAGUGAAAAGGUGGCAUCUCUUGCAUAUGCUCGAAUCCAAGGAAAAACUGCUCUCAUUGCCCAUUUCCAGAAUUCGAGCUUGAUGAACGAGGAUAAACGUUGUCGUCCUAUUCUCUUUUGUACCGACGGUCCAAAUGCAGGUGAUCAGGAGCCAUUCCCUGUGGGUUCUAAUAUCAGACAGAGACCAAACAAAUCUCGAGGCCUUGUUGAUGAGGAGAACCACCACCAAGGUAGCUCAUUAAGUUCUGUAAAUGAAGAGGAAUCUUCCAAGGGAACAGACUCUUCAUCAGGUUCUUCAAAGGACUCAGAUUAACCGAGCUGCUUUUUCUACAUGCACUCAAACAUGAGUACACAAGUCAUGUCCAUCCCGUUUCUGUAUUUUUUUGGGAUGGCUUGGUGGAAUUUUGUCUAUAGCAAAGUUUCUUGAUACCAGAACAUUACAAAGAGGGGCUACUUGUACAAUUUUUUACUGAAAGUGUUUUCUCCUAAAGACUGAAGAGGUGCUUUGCAUCGAGUUCAGGAAUGCUUCUCUGCUUUUCAUUUCUUCAUUGUAAUAUGUCUUAUGGAAUUUUUUUUUUCCUUACCUCACCCUCAAUUUUGAAGGUUUUGGAUUCCUUAGGUGGUUGUUUUUUGCUCUGGGCUGCGAUUGCUCGUGGUGAGAGAUGAACACUAGAAAGCACAGCAUAGUUAAGUGUUCGAUUCAAUCUGGUGUAAAACUUUGCAGUGUUAAAGUUUUGUAAUGAAAACCGCCUUCUGUUUGAUCU